AUGAUCGCGAUGACCCUGACACCACAAAAGAUCUACUGCUCCAAUUUUGGAUCGCCAGUAACGACUGCAUUCGAUUACGACGAUUGGCCAGUCGAUGGCUGCGGCGUAGGUCAAUUAUGCUGUCCCUCUACCGCGCCCUAUAAAACGCGAUCCGACUACGACGAAACAAACGUAUCCGCAGUCCAGAUAGUCUGCGGCGUCGGAACCGCAACCCUCAUCAACGCCCACGGCGCGCUCUUCACCUUAGAGCAAACCGAAGCACAGACCGUCGGCGGUGUCAACACGGCCGCAGUAUCGGAUCUUCAACCCGCAAUCACUGUAUCGGCGGUCACAGUGACACAGCCCGCCUCGUCCGGAUUGACCACCACACCUCCCCCAUCAAGCACCAGCAGCGGCUCCGCUCAGCACCUACGGCCACGACCAGUGACGCGUAGCGGUAGGGGCGGAGAUAGGGUCGAUUGUUGGGGCGAUAUGCGGGGCGAUUGCAUUGGGGGUGUUGAUAUUCUUCGGACGGAGAGGACUGGAGAAACGGCACGAGAAUACGAAAAAGAAGCUGGCGGCGAAGGAUGA